AUGUCUCCAUGGAGAAGAGGGAAAAGGGGCAGGAAAGCGCCAAUUGAGAGCAGUGACAGCAGCAUAGAGUCCUUGCCAGACGGUGUCCUUCAACACAUCCUCGGUUUCCUUCCCGCGCGGGACGCCGUGCGGUCGUGCGUGCUCGCCCGGCGCUGGCUGGACCUCUGGAUGUUCGCGACGGGCCUGCGCAUCACUAGCAAUGGAUACGAGGACGACAUGGAGAAGCUCCGGGAGUUCGUGGACCAUCUCCUCCUCCUCCGCGGAAUCGCACCUCUAGAAACAUGCGAGCUCAGGUUCACAGAUUAUGUUAUGGUCGAUAUAUUCUCUGCAGGCUGUCCUCUUCGUGUGAACCUCUGGUUUCGGCAUGCUGUACGGUGCCAGGCUCGAGUCCUCCGGUUGGUAAUGCCAUCUGGAAAUUGGUUUGGUCUAAAUUACAUGCAUCUCGUCUCCAGGCACUUAAUGCAGCUAGAGCUUUCUGGUGUAGCAUUUGAGGAAAAUUUCCUUAUCUUAUCUGACUGUCCAGCACUGGAACAACUAGAGAUUGAGAACUGUGAUUUGACUGAUGUCAACAAGAUCUCAUCUGAAUCCCUCAAACGCCUAAGUCUCACUAAUUGUGCAUUCAGUGAAAGCUUCCGCACACGUAUUCAUGCUCCCUCUCUGGUUUCGCUGCUGCUAGAUGACAUUUGGUCUAAGACUCCAGUGCUUGAGAGCAUGCCAUCAUUAGUGGAUGCAUCUAUCAGAAUUGGCGAGAACAAUGUAGACAGCUGUGAUAAUUGUGACUCAGGGGAUUGUAGCAGCUGUCAUGGUAUCAUACACAGUAACAGCAACUCCAUUCUUUUGGAAGGUUUAUCAAAAACAACUAACUUAGCAUUGAUGGCUGAAUCCGACACGUUUAUUUUCAGGAUGGAUUUGAAACGGUGUCCUACAUUUAGCAAAUUGAAGACACUGUUACUCAGUGACUAUUGGUGUGUAGCUCUUGAUUUGGACGCCAUAACUUGCAUUCUCAAGAACUCGCCACUUCUAGAGAAGCUCACUAUUGAACAUUUUUUAAAGGGAUCUCAGCUUAAAAUGGAAAUGAAAGGAAGCUACAUUCCAGCACAGAAAACAGAUGCAAUCUCAGAACACCUUAAGAUAGUAGUGGUGAAAUGUGAUGUGGUUGACAAUAAAGUUUACAGAGUUUUGAAGCUCCUGUCUACAUUCAACAUUCGUAAGCUAACUAGCAACUCUAUUAAGUUUCUUCGUAUUCCUAAAGUUUUGGCUCCACGUUCAUAA